GUAUUUCAUUGUAUUUCAACAGAUAAGAAAUUUUAAAUUUCCUGCUAAACAGCCAUCUCUUCUCGCACCGUUCCCACCGAAAGUGAUAAACAUUUUUCGAGUUCCCGAAGUCGUCUCCUCCGCUCUGUAGUGUUGCUAUUCUGCUGGAGCAACCAGUUUCGCUUAGACAAUCGGCGCACCACUGGCCGGGUAUUUAUUACCUCAUUCGUGCUCAAACAUCUUCCAGAGCAAGAGUGAAUCUCGCGUAAGGUCGCAGUCACCACUUGAUUUCAAUUAAGGCUUAUACACAGCUAAAUUUGCGUCGAGAAUCAACCAUGUGUGACGCCGGUAGUUUGUACGAGUUCCCGGGACUUCCGGACUGUUUAGAUCGGAUUGCUCGGGCGGAACUCCGCGAAGAUGACCAGCUACGGAAGCAAUCGCUGGAACAGAUGCGUGAGUGGAUCGCGAAGAACCCGCGGAUUAAGAACUGUCGCACGGACGAUGCGUUUCUGUUGCGAUUCUUGCGCACCAAAAAGUUCUCCGUGGUUCGGGCUUGUGAAACGUUGCAAAAGUAUCUCACCAUGAGACAAACAUAUCCGAAGUGGUGCCGGAAGCUAGACCCACAGGAUCCCGAAAUAAGUGCCCUGCUGGACUACUGUGCCCUUGUUCCCGUUGGUCGAGACUCCUCCGGUCGAAUCGUAGUCAUGGGCGUGGUUCGAAACUUUGACGCGACCCGACACGGCUCCGACGACAUGAUUCGACUUAACAUGCUCGUAACGGAAGCCCUGCUGGACGACGAGGCAAACCAAAUUGCCGGCUUCACGCACGUGUUUGACAACAGUGCAAUGACUAUGGCACACGUGACCUGCUGGACGCUGGAGAACAUUGGCGGAUAUUUGCGGAGCAUCGCCAACGGCGUUCCGAUACGGCUUAAGCAGAACCACUUUGUGAACGUGCCCAGCUUUGCGGCGCAAGUCAGCAAGUACUGCCUGUCGUAUGCCAGUGAAAAGCUCAAGUCGAGGAUAUUUUGUCAUCGAAGCAUCGAUGAGUUGCGUAAAAACAUCGAACCCACCGUGCUGCCCGAGGAAUACGGUGGCACCGUUCCGCUGGCCAAGCUGAACGAAAUCUUCAAAAAGUAUCUGCUGACCAAGCGUGACAUGCUGCUGGCGCUGGACCGGAUGGAAAUCGUGCUGGGAGGAGGUUCCUCUACGGACCAAACCCACAGUGGAAAAGACAUUGUGGACGCUGGAGCCGUAGGGAGUUUUCGGAAGCUGCAAAUUGACUAGAAUGAGAUUUUGUUUAUGCGCACCACGCGGAAGAUUGUGAUAUGGGUUAUCUUAUCAGUUGGAUAGCAUUGUCUUGAUAAAAUAGAACAAUGUGCAGACUAUUGAGAUGCGUUAUUAUUAGCAGUGAUACCUAUUUGGAAAAGGUUGUUUUGAAAAAAAAUUAUGUACCUUCACAGAAAAAAAAGUUGAAUUUGGGAAGGUUGAAAAUUUGUUUGGUUGAAUAUUCUCGAUUUGGAUUAAUAUUACAUAAACAAUGUGUAAAAAUGUGAACCUGAUGAAUAAAAAUAAAUAAAUUGUUCGUUCUACAGCA